AUGUAUAUUGUUGGUCCUAAUGUAAUGCACGGGCACAUUACAGAUGCUUUUAAAGAUGGUCGAAAUAGUAUGAGGCAGCGUUCUAGCAAACGAUCACGUGCUAUUAGUGCACUUUUAGAGCCAGAUAAAAACAGGUUGGGUUUGGUUAUUAGUAAUGUGCCUAUUGCUGUCAUUUGGUUACUUACAGAAUCAUUUGGAACCAGUGGGGAUUAUGUGAGGCAGCGUUCUACUAAACGUUCACGUGCUUUUGGGCCUCUUCAGGCUGCGGAUAAAAUCAGCCAUGCUAAGCAAUCACAAGUGCUCAGCAAACAGAAUAAGAGAGAGCCAAGUAAAGCUCAUAAACCAAAGCAUCCUCAAAAAGACAUGAAGUUGGCGAAAGUAGUGCACAAGGUGCACGAAGGAAUAGCAAAAAAAAAAACUCAGCCCAAGCCAAAAGUGCCUACAGCUCCUGUUCAAAAGAAGAAGAAAGAACCAGCUGCUGUUAUUGGUCAGCCCUUGCCACUGGCUCCUUUACAAUUGGAGAAUGCACAUUAUUGUAUAAAGUGCAGGGCUAAAAAUAUUCAGAUUGCUGUGAAUGCCUUGCCUAUUGAACUGUAUCGGCUCUUUACAUCGCAGGAUGAGGAUGCAAUACAUUUUAGGAAGUAUUCUCGCAUGUAUAAUAAUUUAUUUGCAUUUUGCUCUCUUGGUGGCAAAUAUAAUGCAAAGAUUGAGAAAGGAAUCUAUGUUUUCUUACUGCAUGGUCAGAUUUAUCACAACUUGCCUGAUUUGUUACCAGAAGAUGAGAAGCCUAAAUACUUGCAAUUAUAUUUUUAUGAUGCACAGUUUGAGGCUAAACAUAGGACAAAGACUUUUCCUGAGGUUAGAAGAGACAUUGUUGAGAUUUUGAUGCGUGUCACAAAUGCAAACCCAUAUGCUCGCUUCUUCAGGUCAUUAAGAGAGCUCACCAUAACUCAUUCUACACAAAUAGCCAUUAAUCAGAGCACUGUGUUAGAUCAGCGAGUGUAUAAUGCACCAUCAACUGACGAAGUAGCAGCUAUAUGGCCAGACAGUACGUCUUCCAGUGAUUACAACAGUCCAUAUAUUGUUGUGACAGGCAGGUCCAAUGAUCCUCAUAGGAUAUAUCAUUAUUAUGGAUGCUAUGACCCGUUGCAAUAUCCUCUCCUGUUCCCAUAUGGUGAGUGUGGGUGGACUCAAGGUAUGCGGAAGAUUUAUAAGAAUUCACAGCAAGAAGCCUUGAUGGACAUUGAUCCUAUUGAUUCUUGUGCUGUGCAUUCAGCAGAGAGUUUUAUAGAAGAAGAGGCUAAACGUGCUACAAACUCAUCAGGAACAUCUAAGAGGCAUAUUUCUCCAAGGGAAUAUUAUGCAUACAAGCUGCAGAUUAGGCCAGGCAACAUGCUUCUUCGUGGAGGUAGAUGCUUUCAGCAAUACAUUGUUGAUAUGUAUGUAAAGAUUGAAAACACUAGGCUUGAUUUUUUCAGAAGAAAUCAGCAAGCAAUUCGAGCAGAUCUGUAUCAGGGUAUUCUGGAUACUGUUGAGGAUGGUGAGAAAAAUGCUAGCAAUGUUGGGCGGCGUGUUAUUCUACCACCAACUUUUAUUGGUGGACCUCGCGAUCUGAAGAAGCGAUACUUAAAUGCUAUGGCUCUUGUGCAGCGAUUUGGUAAGCCAGAUCUCUUUGUCACAAUGACAUGUAAUGCUAAAUGGCCAGAGAUAACGGCUGAGCUUUCCGAGGGAGAAGUUGCAGCUGAUCGUCCAGAUGUUAUUGCCCGUGUUUUUAGAUCAAAGUUAAUUGCUUUGAAAAAACAAAUAACAGAGGAAAGGGUCUUUGGGAAGGUGGCAGCCAUGGUAUAUGUUGUUGAGUUCCAGAAAAGAGGCUUACCACAUGCUCACUUUCUUAUUAUCUUAGAUCAUGGAUAUAAACUUACUGGUCCUUCGGAUUAUGAUCGGUUUGUGAGUGCAGAAAUCCCUGCAACUGAUUCUCCAGAAUUGCGCAAAAUUGUUCUAAAGCACAUGAUGCAUGGCCCUUGUGGUAAUUUACACCCUAACUGUGGGUGCAUGAAAAAACAGGUUGGAGAUGAUGUUGUCUGCAAAUACAAUUACCCUAGAUCUUAUAUCAAAGAAACCACAACCAAUGAAUAUGGUUUCCCAUUGUAUAAAAGAAGGAAUACAGGAGAACAUGUACGGAUACGUGGUGCUACUCUUGACAACAGAUGGGUUAUUCCUUAUAAUCCGUAUUUAUCAAUGUUGUUUUACUGUCAUUUGAAUGUUGAAGUGUGUUCCACUAUUCAAGCAGUGAAGUACCUUUAUAAAUAUGUUUACAAGGGUCAUGACAGGGUCUCUUUUAAUAUUGGUGAAGGAAACAAUCAGGGUAUUGAUGAGAUUGAUAAUUUUCAGGCUGGCAGAUGGGUUUCUCCAUGUGAAGCAGCUUGGAGAAUAUUUGGUUUUGACCUGUUUGAGAUGACUCCAUCUGUUAUGGUAUUACCGGUACACUUACCUAAUAUGCAGACAAUUUACCUCAGAUCUAAUGAAGAUCUUGAAUCAGUGGUUCAGAAUGAGAAAAGGAGCCAAACUGCUCUGACAGAAUUUUUUAGGCUAAAUGCGCACAUUAAUGGGGGCACAGGGGAACGGUUCUUCUUGCGGUUGUUGCUUAGUAAGAUUAUUAGUCCUACGUCGUUUGAGCAUUUGAGAACUAUUAGUGGAGUUUUGUAUCCUACUUUUCAAGAUGCUGCAAUUAGACACGGUUUAUUUCAAGAGGACAAUGCCACUACUGCUUGCUUGGAAGAAGCAGCAGAAGCACAAAUGCCUUCAGCAAUGCGCCAGCUAUUUGCAACACUGCUUAUAUUUUGCCAGCCAAGUAAUCCAGUUGCACUUUGGGAUCGCUUUUAUAGUUCUUUGUCUGAAGGUUUCAACUAUAAGUAUCCAAACUGUCAAUCUAAGGUCAAGAAUUUAACUGUGAGGGAGGUUGAAAGUGGUUUAGUAGCCAUGGGCAAGUCAUUGGAGAACUUUGGGCUAGGUCAUUUGAUAGAGGAAACAGAUGAUAGAAUCCGUGUAACAAAAGAUAUUGAAGAUGCUUUAGAUGCACCAAUCCCUCCAGAGUGCCUUGAUUGUCGAAGCAAGUUAAAUGAGGCUCAGGCAAGUGCAUUUAACAGCAUUCUGAGUCAUAUUGAAGAUGGCAAACCUGGAUGUUUUUUUGUGGAUGGCCCAGGUGGGACUGGAAAAACGUUUUUGUAUAAUUCUAUGUAUGCUGAGGUUCGUUUGUCAGGGAAAAUAGUGCUGCCAACAGAAACAUCAGGAAUAGCAGCUUCUAACAUUCCUUCUGGGAGGACAGCACACUCUAGAUUUAAAAUACCUUUAGAUUCUGACUUAUCUAUUGCCUGUGAUGUUCCAAACAAGGGAGCUUAG